AUGUUUGACACAAGGUUGCGAGCUAAUAUUUGGAAUGCUGGAGUGUUCCAAAGGUGGAUCCCAGAGUCUUUCUUUGUGAGGAUGGUGGCUAAGGACACAGUACAUCCGCACUUUGUGGCAGGCCGAAGAUGGAGUAACUUGAGGGAGGAUGUCUUACUUGUUCCCUUGGGGAUGCUACGGAAGUAA